UUCGUCUGUGCUGCGACUUCACUCGAACCCCGUUCCUUCCUUCGUGUGUUGAUCCUCUGCAUAGGUCGAUAAAUCGUCAUUCGAGUAGCUCGUACUUCACCUCCCUCACCUCCUGCACCUCUUCGUCCCUCCGUCAUUCAUUCGACUCACUGUACUCUUGACUCACAUUUUCACUCCAGAGGGCCGACGAUACUUCCACGUUAACGACAUUGUUUGAAUAAUGGAAACUCCUGUGCGCAGGAUGACACGGAGCCAAACAGGUUCCGGUCCUUCGUCUGCUGUGAAACCGCCAUCAUCACGCACAGCCAGCAGUACGAAGAAGAAAGCUGUGCCCCGACGUGCACUCUCUGAUCUGACUAAUGAUUCCCCGAUCUCCGGGCUCAUGCCCUCGUCGAUGGGAAGCAACCUAUACGAGUCCACACCAAGAUCGAAGCUGAGACCCGCGGAUUGUAGUCGAGGCGAAGACGUCCUGCGUAAUCAAGUGACGAAUCUUCUGAAGAAGGUGGAGAGCACAGCGGCUGCUAAAUCUCCUCUUCUCUCUGACCUGCAGCAUGAUCCGGAGGCCUUCGAAUCCCCGAUGAGACUCGCUGCGCCUACUCCGGCCAAUACUCCAGCCACUGGUUCAUGGCCUUCAGCACAAGAAGCCGUCACUGUCACUCUUCCGGAGAGGCCAUGCUCGAGUUUGAGGCCCACGCCUUCCCCCAUUGCUAUUGCAUCACCGGUCUGCCACCUGGAAGUGUGUCUUCCACUCGAGAAAUGCAACAGCUACGAAGCAUACGUCGUCUCUCCAUUCAAGAUUCAAGAUAUUGAAUCAGAGCAGACAUCAGCAGACGAAAACGACUACCAAGACAGCACCGAAGAGGUGCAAACAACGACGCGCACUCUACAGUUUGAUUCACCCGAGAGGAAAGCUGAAAUCCUCUCGACUAGUGACGAAUGUACACGCACUAGGCUCUUCGACUCUCCCCAGAGGUUCCCCCUGGAGUCGGGGGAGGUUUCGUCUCCCUGUUCUCAGAUGGACGAGGAAGAUGACUGUGGAUGGUCCGUCAUAGUCAACGUCAAUUCACCCGAGACGAAGCUUGACGCUGGAGCGCAGGAGGAUUACGAAACUUUGAACUUCAUAAAUAAUGUGAUCGUCGACCCAGAGCAGCAAGCUGAGAAUCCUGCCAUCUGGGCCCGCAGACCAUCUCCGAGGAAGGAGAUCGAUGAAGAAUUUGAUGACUGCGAAGAUUAUGAAGCGUACUCGGAAGACGAGCAGGAGGCAUCUCUGGACCAGAGCGCCCCUCAGAUAUUGGAUCAGGCUUGUGAAGAAUUGUGCAGAGGCAUCAGCCAUAUUUCCAUGGGCGAGGUCGAACUGAAUGGCGUUCCCGAAUUUCAAGGCAAGCACGUGCGAUUCAACUACAACAGCGAUGACGAGCUAGAAGAAGAGAUCGUCAGGGACAAGAAAGUCGAUUCUCCCAGUAAGAUGAAGCUCAAGGGCUGCCCUACCCCGAAAGGCAAACAUCUUCGAUUCUCUGACGAGCAGGAUGAAUGAUUGAGGUCCGAGUAUGCAUAGCAACGGUAGAAUUCGUGCACACUCGUUCAGUGUGCCACACAAGAUUGGGGGAACCUGAAUUCUCCUGCAUCGGAGCUUUUGAGAAUAUUUAGUACCAGGAAUUGGUGCGGUUAGCGAAAGCUACCUGCUUACUUUCAGAGAUAGACUUCAUUGUCUUCCGCAUUUUAUCAAAUUUUGAAGGAAAUACUUUCCCAUUCUCUGUCGA